AUGGCUCCACGAAGUGUUCUGGUAACUGGUGCCAACCGCGGCAUCGGCCUCGGUCUGGUCACGACUCUUCUGCAGAACGAGAAGAUUGAGAUUAUCAUCGCAGCGUGUAGAAAUCCUGGAGAAGCCGAAGUUUUCGGAUGCACAAUUUUUUUUUUGAAAUGAACUAUUAUAUAGGAGCUGAAAGCGAUCAAAGACAAUCGUCUGCAUCUUGUCAAACUCGACGCCAUUUGUGACAAAUCCAUCGAGGCAGCUUUCAAGGAGGUUCUUUUUUUUCCAGUGUAGUUUCUCUUUUUUUUAUGCAAAUUGUCGAUUAGAAUGAAUAACUGUGAGAUGAUCUGAAAUAACAGAUUUCUAUUUUGCUUCACAAGGUACGGUACUCUAGGUCGAGAAGUUGGUCGGAGAGAAAGGCCUCAACCUGCUGAUCAACAACGCUGGAAUUUACGUGAAGUAUCCGAUCGACGAGCCGCCGAAAAGACAAGAACUUGCCCGCCAGUUCGACACCAACACCUUCGGCGUCGUCGUCAUCUCUCAGAUUUUCCUACCCCUUCUUCGACGAGCCGCUGUUGCUCUUGGCGGCGAUGACGUCAGUGUCGACCGAUCCGCUAUCGUCAAUAUUUCUUCGGGAGCUGGUUCCAUCGGAAACAACGAUCGAGGAUCAACUCCAGUGGGCCUGUUGGCUUAUCGCAUGAGUAAGGUAAUAACUUUGAUUCGAAGUGUGCAUACUUUUUUUAGAGUUGUGUUUUUGUUCAAAAUUAAUAUUUUAGUCGGCUCUGAAUCAGUUCGGAAAAACGUUGUCGAUCGACUUGACCGGUGAUCACAUUCUGGUGGCGUCUUUCUGUCCUGGAUGGGUUCAGACCGACAUGGGCGGACAGAAAGCUGAACUCACGGUUGGAGAUUGUUGGGUUCAUGGAAUAAAUAUAUUUUUUUCAGUUGGAAGAUUCCAUGCGAGAACUGGUGCCCAGCAUCCUGCGGCUUCAGAAGGAACACUCUGGCGGCUACUUCAACCGCAAUCUCCAACCUAUCCCCUACUAG